AAAGCUCCUGGGGCCAGUAGGGACUCUGCACAGAGCUGAGAUAAGCCAUGGAAAGAUGACUGUUGCUGGGAGAAAGGGGGAUUGAGGGAUUAUUGCUACAAGAGGCAAAAAGCCUGCUAGAGCCUGAAAUCAAUUUGCUCCCUGCUGGGGAGAGCAAAAUGGGUCCUCUUUCCUGCAGAUCCUAAUCUGGCCCAUAAGGAGGGGCUGGGAAUGGUGUUGUCAACAACCAGCAAACCGCCUGCCCAGCACUGAUGGAGCACAGGGGCACAGCAGCAGAGCAGAGUGUGGGACCCUGUGGGCAAGGGGGAUACCAUGCAUCAGCAGUUCCUGCAACUGCCAUCUCCCAUCAGGGCAAGCAGUGCCCAAGCUGAACACGUCUCUGCUUGCUGCUCUGGGACAGUGCCAGCCCACAGCAGUCCCGCACUCUCUUUGGCACUGCUUCUCUCUGGCUCUCACACAGCCUUCUGCUUGCAGCCCGUGCUGCAGAGUGGGAGACGCUGACAGCAGCCCUGUUGGGCUGGGAACUCCUGCGAGUGCUGGGUGUCCUCAGCCUGUCUCUCCUCCCCGUGCCUGGGUGUCAUCCCCGAGCCCUGCAGCACCAGAGCUAAGCAGAGCACAGUUAUUUCUGUACCUCAGCAUGCAGACAAUUGCCACAAACUAAAGAUGCAGGAUGCGGCUCCAGAGCAGGGUCAUGGCUGCUUCUCCUUCCCCCUUGGGGCUGGGCUUGUACUCUCAGCACAUCUCUCAGUAUCGGGUGCGGCACGCGGUCAAACCACAGGUUGCAGAGCUCAAAGACACUGACGGCUCUGGAGCCUCUGAGUGAGGAGGGGAGAGGUCCUGCUGUGCAAUGGAGGAGGCAAACCCCACCCCCAUGGUGAUAACGGCCACCACCGACUUCUACACCUGGGAGUACAGCGUCUCGUGGGAUGACGGCACGCUGCCUGAGCUGUGUGAGAAGCAGGCAGUGCAGGGCUUUGCCCGCACCUACCAGCUGGCCAUCUACCUGCUGCUCUCGCUGCUGGGCACGGUGGGCAACGGGCUGGUGCUGCUCACACACACCCGCUACCGCCGGGCACGCAGCAUCACCGAUGUCUGCCUGCUGCACCUGGCCCUAUCUGACCUCCUGCUGCUGCUGACGUUGCCCUUUGCCGUCACUGUGAUGCUGCAGGGCUGGUCCCCAGACACAGCUGCGUGCAAGGUGCUGCAGGGUGUUUAUGCCCUCAACUUCUACAGCGGCUUCCUCUUCCUCACCUGCAUCAGCAUGGACCGCUACGUGGCCAUUGUGCGGGUGCCAGCCGCGUGCCGCCUGCGCCCACGGGCUCGUCGCCACGGCUGGCUGACGGUGGGCCUGGCCUGGCUGCUGGCCGCGCUGCUGGCACUGCCGCAGUUCGUCUACGGCAAAGCAGAACAGCACCAGGACCUGCACAUUUGCCGCGUUGUUUUCCCCCCGGCAGUGUCACGGGCAGCACGGGGAGCCACCAACCUCACGCAGGUCGUGCUGGGCUUUGCCGUGCCCUUUGCGGUGAUGGCCAGCUGCUACACGGCUGUGGCUCGGACGCUGCUGGCGGCUCGUGGUGCUCAGCCCCACCGGGCGCUGAGGGUGCUGCUGGCCCUUGUGCUCGUGUUUGUGGCCCUGCAGCUGCCCUACAGCUUGAUGGUGCUGCUGGACACAGCCGAGCUGCUGGCCAGCUGGGAGCUGAGCUGUGCACAGAGCCGCCGCAAGGACCUGGCGCUGCUGGUCACCAGCGGGCUGGCAUCCCUGCGCUGCUGCCUCAACCCACUGCUCUAUGCCUUCCUGGGCCAGCGCUUCCGCCGUGAGCUGUGGCUGCUGGCCAGCGAUGCCGGCUGUGUGGGGAACAUCGACCCGCGCUGCCCCGGCUGCCCCAGUCCUCGCCAGCGCUCAUCACUCUCCACCUGCCAAGAUGUGGCAUAGGAAUGUAGUGCCGUGCCCAGGGCAGGCGGCAGCAUCCGUGGGACUCAAAAACCCCCAGAGAAAGCCUGAAUGGCCCCAGGAGUCCCUGGAGCUACUGAUAGGGGCAGGACAGACAGACUGUGUCCUGGGCAGAUGGAGACAACGCCUCGCGUGCAGAGCCCAGUGCCAGCACUGGGGAAACGUCCCCAGCUGCAGGGAGACCAUGCAAUGUCACAAGUGGUUGGGGGUGCACGCCACAAGGGCACCAUGCAGUGCCAUGCAUGCCCCAGUAGGACCCUGCAUUACUGUGUGAGUGGGACUGCAAUGCCACAGGGCAGCGCCUUCCACCUUCGUUUCCACCCUUGCAAUAAACCCUGCUCGAACUACGCUGUGUCAGGCCACAUC